AUGCUGGACGAUUGGCGGUGCAACCAUUUAUUUCGCCCAGGAAAUUUGAAUCUACGGUCGACACUCUACGUUGCCAUUUUUGUGAGUUUCAUCAUAACCGUUUUUGUUUUGAGUGCGACCGAUCAGCAAGCAGUGCUGCAGACUCUGCUGAAGGCUCUUCCGCUGCUAGAAAAUCGCAAAAAUACAUCCAUCAUUCUCUACUGGACGAAAUUCUUCGAGUCCAGCGAUUUUGAGGUUGGACUGGGCAUCGAGCCAUUCGGUUCAUGCAUCGAUCGAGUUACCGCAUCCAGCAGCAGGAAUUGCCUGACGACGACGGACCGAGGACUGUUGAACGACAGCAAUGCCGUCAUCUUUCACGGCCGAGACCUGCACGUCCAAGACUUGCCUCUGCCAGAAUGGAGGCGUCCUCACCAAAUCUUCAUCUUCUUCCUGCUGGAAUCACCAAUCCAUACGGACCUGGGCCUGUUGCAGCAGCCCGUCUUCCGCCAUUACUUCAACAGGACGAUGACCCUCGCCUUCCUGUUUGAAAUUCCCAUGCUAUGGAAAUGGCUCAGUAGCAGCUCUGGAAUAACACUCAGCAGAUCCCUCAUCAGUCUUUUCGGCAUCAACGAACGUGACAACCAGUGGGAAUCGCUGGUCCGCCGUUUGUCCGAGUUCAUUUCUGUGGACAUUUACGGGAAAUGCGCCAAUGGCAAGCAUUCCUGUCCAAAUAAAUCCGAAUGUGAUCAGAUGCUCAGUCGCCACUAUCGUUUCUACUUGAGUUUCGAGAACUCCCUCUGUCCCGACUACGUCACGGAGAAACUCUACCGGCCGCUGGCUCACGACACGGUGCCGGUCGUCUAUGGCGGAGCCGAUUAUUCCGACUUCUUCCCCGCCAGAUCGUACGUGGACGGCAGACAUUUUGAGAACCCAGAGGCACUGGCCGACCACCUGGAGAAGCUGAUUGCUAAGGACACCCUCUACUCGAGUUACUUCGAAUGGAAAAGCCAAUACGUUGUCGAUCGACUUCCUUUGGAUGGAGGUAUCGUCUUUGUCAAUUACUGA